AUGACUAUUGCAACGGGUAUUACAGAGUCCCAAGUUCACUUUAACAAUUGGCCCAAUGAUCGAGGCUUUGAAGCCAACUACGAGGAGAGGACUCCUGUAGAGCUCACCGUCACCGGCUGCAUUCCCUCUUAUGCUGCGGGUGUACUCUAUCGCACGGGACCAGGCAAAUAUAAGGUUGACAGGGAGAACGGGGAGACGUUUCAAGUAUCGCACUGGUUCGAUGGCUUCAGCGAAACUCAUCGAUUUCAACUUGUUGCGCCAGAUACCACCCACUCUUCCCUGAAAGUCUUCUACAAUUCCCGUUUCUCGACGGACUUCUUGAUUGAGGAAGCGAGAAAGACUGGCCGCCUUGGGAAAAUCAGCUUUGGUCAGAAGCGCGAUCCUUGCAAGACAGUAUACCAGAAGGCCCAGAGCGAAUUUAACCCUGAUCCCUCCUCAGCCAACGUCGGCGUGACACUCUCCGUCAACAUGCCAGGACUCGAUAAAGCCAUGAAGGAAAGCGAUCAGAGUAGCGGGCGCUGGACCAAUUCUUCAGGGAUAGAAACUCUGUAUGCAAAGACAGAUUCCGCCUCUUACAAAAAGAUCGACCCGGACACCCUUGAACCUGUCGGUUUGGCUUCACAAAAGGAUCUACAUCCUGACCUAGAUGGGCUUAUGUCGGCAUCCCACGCACGUUCUGAUCCGAUAACUGGAGAUGUUUAUAAUUUCAAUCUCGCUUUUGGUAAAUCUUCUACCUACCGCGUCUUCCAUGACUAUGUUAUUCUGUGUGUGUGGAACUCUCACAUCAAUCCUACUAUGCUCGAGAAAGGCAGCUUCCUGCAAGCCAUCCAAUCAUUUGAUGCAUCCCAGCCUACCAAGUGGUAUGUGGUGGACCGUACCCAAGGCCAAGGGCUCGUCGCUACAUACGAGAGCCCUCCGUUCUUCUGUUUCCAUACGAUCAAUGCCUGGCAAGAACCGUCAGCAAGUGGCAGCGGAGUGGACAUUGUAGCAGAACUCGUUAGAUUCGAUACCACCGAUACGUUGCAUACUCUAUACUAUGAGAAGCUAGUAUCCUCAUCAGCUGAAGCGAAAGCUCAUGCCCAACUAAAGAAAGACACUUCCCGCUCGGAAUUCGCCCGUUUCCGACUUUCAGAUAUCCCCGCCAGCCCUAGCACCGAGGUUAAGACUGCGGCAGCCGAGUGGACGUCAUGCAAAGCCUUUUCUCCCGAGUUGCCAACUAUGAAUCCAAAGCUGGUCACGCAGAAGCAUCGAUACUCAUACGCCAUUACAGACCGCGGCGAAUCCACCUUCUUCGACGGAAUAAUCAAAUUCGACAGCCAAACCAAGGAGACGCUUCUGUGGCAUCACCACGCCCAAUCCCCCGGAGAGCCGAUUUUUGUUCCCCGUCCGGACGGCUUAGAAGAAGACGACGGGGUCCUUCUCAGCGUGGUUCUAGAUGGGUACUCAGGUAAAAGCUAUCUGCUUUGCCUUGAUGCUCAUACAUUGAAAGAACUGGGCAGAGCGCAUGUUAACGGACCGGUUGGAUUUGGAUUCCAUGGCCAGCAUAUUCCUCUUAAUGGAGUGCCAACUGGUGAUUACUAG